AUGCUCAGUCAAUUUGGCUUUAGGAGCCGGGUGGCCAAUGAGGCCAGUUCAAGUUCAUCCAUGGGCGAUGGAAGCACAGGAUCAUCUUUGGAUCCAUGGGGUGAUUUGCUGGCCGCGAGGAUGGACGCCGUGGAUAUUGAUGCAGAAGAUGCAGCGGGUGAGAGAGUACCCAUCUUGAGGAGGAGCAACAUGAUCAUUUUCGAUGAAGGGGCGACUAUGGUGGAUGGUGCUGAUGAUGCUGGUAGCUCAAUUCCAGCUCCACCUCCCGCUCCCUCCAUCAGAGGAUUGCUAGCAGUUCCCAAGAGGAGGCCCAGAGCCAAGGCUAUGGCCCAGCGGAAGUGCGUCAUGGUGCCAAUUCAGUCAGGAGAUGUUGUGCGUAUAUUGGGUAGCAACGAGGUGAUCAAGAAGUUGAAAGACAUUGUUGCCGAGUUCGACUUGGACUAUUCCAACGUGACUUCAUCAACGGACAAGACCAACCGAUUGCUGGCGUAUAUGAAACGUCGCAUCAAGGACGAUGUUGAAUUGAACUUGAGAGUUGAGAUGGAGGAGAGCGACUCAGGCUGUAAGGUUGCGCGCUAUGAGGUCACCCGGUACCCUCACAGGAAAGAAGCAUCCGUGAAGAUCCUGAACUGA